AUGGCCUCCGUCGCUGCUGGCGUUGCCAACGCCACUUCUGCUUUCGCCUCACCUCUCGCCAGCUUUGUGCCUAGCAAUGUAGCUCUUCCACCCCAACUGGAAUACGUCCUUGGCAACGUUAUUGAGACGGUUUCCAAUGCCGGGAUCUGGACAAUCUUGGGCACUGUUGUGCUCAUGUUGGCCAUCUAUGACCAAUUCAGCUACCAGCGGAGCAAGGGCAGUAUUGUUGGCCCAAGGUUCAAAGAGCCAUUCAUAGGGCCGUUCCUGCAGUCUAUGAACCCGAAGUGGGAGGAGUACUACGGGAAGUGGACGAGCGGCCCUCUGAGCUGUGUCUCUGUCUUCCACAAGUUUGUAGUCAUUGCGUCAACCCGUGAUCUUGCGCGCAAGAUCUUCAAUUCCCCCACCUAUGUCAAACCAUGCGUCGUCGAUGUGGCUCCCAAAUUGUUGGGCCACGACAACUGGGUGUUUCUCGAUGGCAAGGCUCAUGUCGACUUCCGUAAGGGCCUGAACGGUCUAUUCACCCGCAAGGCGCUCGAGUGCUACCUGCCUGGACAGGAGGAUGUCUACAACCGCUACUUUAAGAAGAUGGUUCAGAUCACCAAGGACGCUGGCGGGAAGCCGGUUCCGUUCAUGGUUGAAUUCCGCGAGAUCAUCACAGCCGUUUCCUGCCGUACGUUUGUCGGUCACUACAUGUCAGACGAGACAGUCCGCAAGAUUGCCGUCGACUACUUCUAUAUCACCGAGGCUCUGGAGCUUGUCAACUUCCCUAUCAUCCUCCCUUUUACCAAGACUUGGUAUGGCAAGAAGGCGGCCGACAUGGUCCUGGCCGAGUUUUCCAAGUGCGCGGCUAAAAGUAAGGCUCGCAUGAAUGCCGACGGAGAGGUGACCUGCAUCAUGGAUGCCUGGAUUCAGCAGAUGGUUUUGUCCCAGCGCUGGCGCGAUGCUGAGGCUGCUGGAACCAUCACCGAGGGCAUGGAGAAGCCGAAUCCCCUUCUUCGCAACUUUACCGACUACGAGAUCGCUCAGACCUUGUUCACAUUCCUCUUCGCUUCCCAGGACGCUACCAGCAGCGCUGCUACAUACAUGUUCCAGACAAUGGCGCAGCACCCUGAGGUUCUUGACCGCGUUCGCGAGGAGAACUACAAUGUCCGCAAUGGCGACAUCAAUGCUCGUGUGAGCCUAGAACAGCUCGAGUCGAUGAAGUAUACGCGCGCCGUGGUGAAGGAGCUCCUGCGUUACCGGCCUCCAGUCAUCAUGGUGCCUUAUGUCACCAAAAAGGCAUUCCCCAUCACUCCUGAAUACACUGCCCCCAAGGGUUCCAUGCUCAUCCCUACCACUUACAUGGCUUUGCGCGACCCGGAGGUGUACGACAGGCCAGAUGAGUUUGACCCUGAGCGGUACUACACUGGUGACGCCGAGGAAAAGGGCCAGAAGAACUUCCUUGUGUUCGGUACAGGGCCUCACUACUGUCUCGGUCAGCAUUACGCCCAGCUGAACUUGGCUUUGUUUGUCGGCAUGGCCUCACUUCAGCUGGACUGGAAGCACCACGCGACCCCCUUGUCAGACGAGAUUCAAGUUUUUGCCACCAUUUUCCCCAAAGUGCAAAAGCAGAACCGAGACAAUGACGAGUGCUCGACAACUGGUGCCAGCGCUUCUCCGUACGUCGGCGCUGGCCAUCAGAGGAACAGUCGCGCGAUCAAACAGCGAAAACCGGUCGAGCCGAAGACGUCAUCUCUCACCUUUGACCAGGUCGAAAGACACGUCCUAGAUAUAAAUGAAGGUGCCGAUACGAACACCGUUAUAGUUGACGUUAGGGAACCCCACGAACUCAAAGCAACGGGGCGCAUCCCGUCUGCUGUCAACAUACCGAUCACGUCACACCCAGACAGCUUUCAUAUACCUGCAGAUGAGUUCCGGCUCAGGUUUGGGUUCGACCGCCCUGCUUACGACAAGAAGCUGAUUGUGUACUGCAAGGCCGGUGUGAGAAGUAGGGCUGCUAAGGCGAUGGCCCUGGACGCUGGGUUCGAGGAUGUUCAUGACUAUCCGGGAAGCUGGCUGGACUGGGCCAAGAGCACGGACGAUAUCGAAAAAUGA